AUGCUUGUCCUAAAAGAUAGAUGUGAGCGUGGCAACGGCGAUGACAGAGAAAGAUACCGUCGGGCCAAAUCCAUCUACAAAAAAAGUAUUGAGCAAGCUAGAAAGUUGGCAACAGCAACUAAAAUUGAGAGUGCACCAAAUCGCUGCAAGGCUGCAUGGGAUGUGAUAAACUCACAUAGAUCAAUGCCGAGGAGACAACUUGACUUUGCAAGUCCUGACUCUUUCAACAGUUUCUUUAUAGAGUCAGUGAGUGCAUUGCCUGUUGUCCCUGAGGAUCCAGUUGAGCUUUUGGCUGCACAAUUACCACCCACGCACGCUCGUCUUUCUGUCUUCUGUCCAGUCACUCCAAUGGCCCUUAGGAGGAUAAUCCGGACUUUUAAACCAUCCAGGAGUCCUGAUAUCUUCGGCAUGUCUGUUUAUAUGCUUCGGGAGGUGAUUGAUUCUAUUUCAGAUCCCCUGGCAGCAGCUGUCAAUGACUGCCUGACAACUGGUGUUUUUCCAGAUUUCCUGAAGACCUCAGAAACCGUUUCUGUCUACAAGAAGGGGGACCACCAGAGCCUUAACAACUUCAGGCCAAUUUCAGUGACUCCAGUGUUUGGAAAGGUGGUUGAAGCAGUCAUCAAGCCCCAGCUUGAGAACUUCUUUGAAAGACAAAACCUUCUUUCAAGUAUGCAGUUCGGUUUUUGA